AAAUAACGUUGAGUGAGUUGAUCAGCUUUAACGAGCACUGCUUGUGAACACAACUGAUGUUGCACAAAUAUCCAAAUGAAGGAUCACAUACAUACAAUGAUGGAAUCAAAUAUAAUAAUCAAGUGGUAAUCUGUGACGAUUCCACGUUAUCUGGAAUGGUUGAUCCAGUACGCACUCGAUUAAUAUUGAAAGUGUUUUUAACCAAUAUCCUUCAAGUGUUUCUAUCAAUGUUGAUGACAGCAUUAGUGUUCGCAAUAGAUGAUUCCAUUAAAUAUCUUAACCAAUGUGAUUGGAUUCUUUAUAUUUUAAGUUUCAUUUCGAUUGGUGCAACCAUUGCAAUUUUCUUUAUUCAGAGAUUUACACACUUGAAUUACCUCACGGAUUUCCUUUACGUACUACUCAGCUUCAGCUUCGCUGGUGUGAUAACCUGUUUUUCAAUUUACGCAAAAGGAAUGUUCAUAUUUAUCAGUUGGAUUUUGUCCAUCAUUCUAUCAGUGUUAUUGUUUAUGAUUGGAAUAAACAUUAAACGUGAUUUGGUCAGAUACUUUUGGUUGUUUUUGACGUAUAUCGUUUUUAUCCUUAUUAUCAUUAUGAUACUGGUGAUCUUAUGGGCUUUAAAAAUUAAUGCAGUGACGUGGGCAAUCGGUCUGCUCGUUCUAGCCAUCGUAAUUCCGGCUAGUUUAAUUGAAGCUCAAAUAUUUUGUGGAGGAAGAGCAAUAUACUACAGAGCUGAAGAUUUCAUAUUUGCAUCAAUGGUUCAUUUGUUCUUACUGACUUUCUCAUAUUCCGGAUUUAUUUUGAUGCUUCGCAACAUUAACUUAUCCUAGAUAUUGACAGUUUGUAUGAUGUUUCAAUGUGAUGUUUCCUUUUGUAAUUGUAUACUUUUGAUGAUGCAGUAAAACACGAAUGAUGAAUAUGAGAAUUUCUGUGUUUGUUCACUUGUCUUCAUUUCUAUUUAUUGUACGUGAUUGAGCAGAAUCAGAUUUGAAAAUAUUGAGUUUUAAAUGAACUAAUCAUUGUGAGUUUGUGUUGUCAUCAAGUGGGAAAGGGAUUUUGUGUAAAUCAUCCAAUUUGUAGUUUGUACUAUACCAUUGAUUUUGUGUAGAUAGUGAUUGAGAGUGUGGAUGUAAUAUAGUAGUAUGCUGUUGAUUAUGUUAUUAAAUUGUUUGAAAGAAAUCGAAUAUACUGUGAAUUGCAAAUGUCUUUACUGUUACAUGGUGUUCGUUCAUUCCAUCAAUCUGAACAUUAGUUGUAUUGAGAAGAAAGUUAACAAAUUCAUCCAUUUGGACAAAAUUCUACUUUAUCGUGAUUGAUCUGGUUUGUUGAAUAUGAAGUAGAGAAAUUGUAAAUUGGGGUUUACGGUAUGUUUGAGUAGAAAAUCGACUUAUUUGUAAACACAUAAACAAUGAUUGAUAAUAGUUUAUUAUAUGUAUGUGGGUGGAUGUAUGAUUGUUAGUCGUGGUGUGAUAGUUGUAGUUCAUAUUUGAUUUUGCUCUAUUACGUCAAAUGAUUUGUUACUGAGAUCUAGUAAUAAAGUUACGCAUGUAGCGAAACAAUCGCAAAAUACUGAUGCAUAAUACAAAUUUAUUUACCUAAG